AUGUCGCUUCAAACUCUUGUCUUGGCUUUGCUAUUUGCAUGGCUUGUUUAUGCUGCAAUUAGUCACAGACCAACGUCAAAGACGAAAGAGGCUUCUUGCUCACCCCCACCUAUCUUCCCCUCAUGGAUCCCCUUCGCAGGCCAUAUUUAUGGAAUUGCAACCAAAGGUUCAAACCCCUACCUUUCGUCACUAUGUUCGACCCAAAACUCGCCAAUCAAAACUCUUAAACUCCCCGGAAUGGACAUGCAUUUGGUUCACCCGCUAGAUUCGGCUAGCAUGAAACAAUUCACGAGUAUGCCUCACCUGAGCUUAAUGACUGUUUUCCGUGUCGCUGUCGGCCCUUCAAUGGGUCUCUUACCUGCAAGUGAGAAAGUCCUCACUGAUCCGGAUACUGGUGACUUCAAGCGAGGUUUGUCAAAGUUGUUCAACGGUGAGCUCAGGAAACUGGACAACCUUCGAAAAUAUGCAGGCCAAAUGGAUGCGACAAUUGAUAGAUAUUGGGAUGAGACGGCUCCAAAACAUGGGUCAACAACAGAUGUUAGCCUGGGAUCUUGGAUCUUUGAUUUCCUUUCUCGCUCGAUGGGCGGUGUAUUUUGGGGCGAAGAAGGGCCAUUCGAAGAGAAAGAAUUCCGUGAUAAUCUGAGGAUCUUUAUUCAAAAUCUAGAGAGUCUGCGCAACCCGAUACCAUGGCUGGUCCCGUCUGAGAUUCGUUCAGCACGAAAAUCUGUUCGUGACAAGAUUAGCCAAAGUACCGAAAAUAAGAGUUACGGAAAGCAAGAGAAGCAGGGGGUAACGCUCUUUGCGCAGCUCGCUUCUCUCUAUGAGUCCCUUGAGAUUCCUCGCGAGGGAUUUACUGACUGUCAUCUGACAGCUAUCGUCGGGCUGAUGUCAAAUGUCAUUAACAUCAUGAUAUGGGCAAUGUGUGAAGUCCUGGCCAAUCCGGAGCUUUUGACGUCCCUUCUCACUGAGAUUAAAACUGUUGUUGAUGAUUCGUCCUCAAACAUGAGCAUCGAAGUUGACCAUCUCCGGCGCUCCUGUCCACUUCUAGUGGCAACCUGGUACGAGCUUCUGCGCACGUACGGAGAUGCUCCGGUCGCGCGUGGGGUGCACGAGAGCAGUCUUUUUGACAAUAAAUAUCAACUUGAGAAGGGAUCGAUUCUCAUGACUCCAAUCCAUCUGCAUAACUUUGAUAGGGAUAUUUGGGGUGAAGACGUGGAAUUAUUCCGACCCAGCCGAUUUCUUCAGAAGGACGGGGAGAUCAACCAAGAGCUGGUCAAGCAUCUCAACGUCUUUGGUCUGCCCGGUAUGCACCAGUGUCCCGGGCGAUACCUUGCUCUUAACUUGACCGUUGGCCUUUUGGCGAAAUCUAUCCUAGCCUUUGAGUUUACGCCCACGCCUGGGGAGCCUCUUGGAUGGGGAGUAGUACCCGCGCGAAAAGAUACUAUGUUGGGGUUGCCGGCUCUAAGCCGCGACCCUACUGUUGUUCUAAAGCGUCGAGAUGGAAUUCAAGGUAUACAGCUAUUAUUUGAUAAUGUGAAACCAGGCUGGUAA